ACACAAGCAUUUACUGCACUGUUGGAGCUAGGAACACAAGGAUUUACUGCACUGUUGGAGCUAGGAACACAAGCAUUUACUGUACUGUUGGUGCUAGGAACACAAGGAUUUACUGUCCUGUUGGAGCUAGGAACACAAGGAUUUACUGCACUGUUGGAGCUAGGAACACAAGCAUUUACUGCACUGUUGGCACAAGGAUUUUACUGUACUGUUGGAGCUAGGAACACAAGGAUUUACUGCACUGUUGGAGCUAGGAACACAAGGAUUUACUGCCCUGUUGGUGCUAGGAACACAAGCAUUUACUGCCCUGUUGGAGCUAGGAACACAAGGAUUUACUGCACUGUUGGAGCUAGGAACACAAGCAUUUACUGCACUGUUGGAGCUAGGAACACAAGCAUUUACUGCACUGUUGGAGCUAGGAACAGAAGCAUUUACUGCACUGUUGGUGCUAGGAACACAAGCAUUUACUGCACUGUUGGAGCUAGGAACACAAGCAUUUACUACACUGUUGGAGCUAGGAACACAAGGAUUUACUGCACUGUUGGAUUAGGAACACAAUCAUUUACUGCACUGUUGGAGCUAGGAACACAAGCAUUUACUGCACUGUUUGGAGCUAGGAACACAAGCAUUUACUGCACUGUUGGAGCUAGGAACACAAGCAUUUACUACACUGUUGGAGCUAGGAACACAGCAUUUACUGCACUGUUGGAGCUAGGAACACAAGCAUUUACUGCACUGUUGGAGCUAGGAACACAAGCAUUUACUGCACUGUUGGAGCUAGGAACACAAGCAUUUACUACACUGUUAGAGCUAGGAACACAAGCAUUUACUACACUGUUGGAGCUAGGAACACACGCAUUUACUGCACUGUUGGAGCUAGGAACACAAGCAUUUACUGCACUGUUGGAGCUAGGAACACAAUAAUCUACUGCACUGUUGGAGCUAGGAACACAAGCAUUUACUGCAAAGUUGGUGCUAGGAACAGAAGCAUUUACUGCACUGUUGGAGCUAGGAACACAAGCAUUUACUGCACUGUUGGUGCUAGGAACACAAGCAUUUACUUGCACUGUUGGAGCUAGGAACACAAGCAUUUACUGUACUGUUGUAGCUAGGAACACAAGCAUUUACUGCACUGUUGGAGCUAGGAACACAAGGAUUUACUGUACUGUUGGAGCUAGGAACACAAGCAUUUACUGUACUGUUGGAGCUAGGAACACAAGCAUUUACUGCACUGUUGGAGCUAGGAACACAAGUACUACUGCACUGUUGGAGCUAGGAACACAAGCAUUUACUGCACUGUUGGAGCUAGGAACAACAAGGAUUUACUGUACUGUGGAGCUAGGAACACAAGCAUUUACUGUACUGUUGGUGCUAGGAACACAAGGAUUUACUGUCCUGUUGGAAGCUAGGAACACAAGGAUUUACUACACUGUUGGAGCUAGGAACCACAAGGAUUUGACUGCACUGUUGGAGCUAGGAACACAAGGAUUUACUGUCCUGUUGGAGCUAGGAACACCAAGGAUUUACUGUAACUGUUGGAGCUAGGAACACAAGGAUUUACUACACUGUUGGAGCUAGGAACACAAGGAUUUACUGUCCUGUUGGAGCUAGGAACACAAGGAUUUACUGCACUGUUGGAGCUAGGAACACAAGGAUUUACUGUCCUGUUGGAGCUAGGAACACAAGGAUUUACUGUACUGUUGGAGCUAGGAACACAAGGAUUUACUGCACUGUUGGAGCUAGGAACACAAGGAUUUACUGCACUGUUGGUGCUAGGAACACAAGCAUUUACUGCCCUGUUGGAGCUAGGAACACAAGGAUUUACUGCACUGUUGGAGCUAGGAACACAAGCAUUUACUGUACUGUUGGAGCUAGGAACACAAGCAUUUACUGCCCUGUUGGUGCUAGGAACACAAGCAUUUACUGCACUGUUGGAGCUAGGAACACAGGCAUUUACUGCACUGUUGGUGCUAGGAACACAAGGAUUUACUGCACUGUUGGAGCUAGGAACACAAGCAUUUACUGCACUGUUGGAGCUAGGAACACAAGCAUUUACUGCAAAGUUGGUGCUAGGAACAGAAGCAUUUACUACACUGUUGGAGCUAGGAACACAAGCAUUUACUACACUGUUGGAGCUAGGAACACACGCAUUUACUGCACUGUUGGUGCUAGGAACACAAGCAUUUACUGCACUGUUGGAGCUAGGAACACAAGGAUUUACUGUACUGUUGGAGCUAGGAACACAAGCAUUUACUGUACUGUUGGUGCUAGGAACACAAGGAUUUACUACACUGUUGGAGCUAGGAACACAAGGAUUUACUGCACUGUUGGAGCUAGGAACACAAGGAUUUACUGUCCUGUUGGAGCUAGGAACACAAGGAUUUACUGUACUGUUGGAGCUAGGAACACAAGGAUUUACUACACUGUUGGAGCUAGGAACACAAGGAUUUACUGUCCUGUUGGAGCUAGGAACACAAGGAUUUACUACACUGUUGGAGCUAGGAACACAAGGAUUUACUGCACUGUUGGAGCUAGGAACACAAGGAUUUACUGUCCUGUUGGAGCUAGGAACACAAGGAUUUACUGUACUGUUGGAGCUAGGAACACAAGGAUUUACUGCACUGUUGGAGCUAGGAACACAAGGAUUUACUGCACUGUUGGUGCUAGGAACACAAGCAUUUACUGCCCUGUUGGAGCUAGGAACACAAGGAUUUACUGCACUGUUGGAGCUAGGAACACAAGCAUUUACUGUACUGUUGGAGCUAGGAACACAAGCAUUUACUGCCCUGUUGGUGCUAGGAACACAAGCAUUUACUGCACUGUUGGAGCUAGGAACACAGGCAUUUACUGCACUGUUGGAGCUAGGAACACAAGCAUUUACUGCACUGUUGGAGCUAGGAACACAAGCAUUUACUGCACUGUUGGAGCUAGGAACACAAGCAUUUACUGCACUGUUGGAGCUAGGAACACAAGCAUUUACUACACUGUUGGAGCUAGGAACACAAGCAUUUACUACACUGUUGGAGCUAGGAACACACGCAUUUACUGCACUGUUGGAGCUAGGAACACAAGCAUUUACUGCACUGUUGGAGCUAGGAACACAAGCAUUUACUGCACUGUUGGAGCUAGGAACACAAUGAUUUACUGCACUGUUGGAGCUAGGAACACAAGCAUUUACUGCACUGUUGGAGCUAGGAACACAAGCAUCUACUGCACUGUUGGAGCUAGGAACACAAGCAUUUACUGCACUGUUGGAGCUAGGAACACAAGGAUUUACUGCACUGUUGGAGCUAGGAACACAAGCAUUUACUGUACUGUUGGUGCUAGGAACACAAGGAUUUACUGUCCUGUUGGAGCUAGGAACACAAGGAUUUACUACACUGUUGGAGCUAGGAACACAAGGAUUUACUGCACUGUUGGAGCUAGGAACACAAGGAUUUACUGUCCUGUUGGAGCUAGGAACACAAGGAUUUACUGUACUGUUGGAGCUAGGAACACAAGGAUUUACUGCACUGUUGGAGCUAGGAACACAAGCAUUUACUGUACUGUUGGAGCUAGGAACACAAGCAUUUACUGCCCUGUUGGUGCUAGGAACACAAGCAUUUACUGCACUGUUGGAGCUAGGAACACAAGCAUUUACUGUACUGUUGGAGCUAGGAACACAAGCAUUUACUGCACUGUUGGAGCUAGGAACACAAGCAUUUACUGCACUGUUGGAGCUAGGAACACAAGGAUUUACUGCACUGUUGGAGCUAGGAACACAAGCAUUUACUGUACUGUUGGUGCUAGGAACACAAGGAUUUACUGUCCUGUUGGAGCUAGGAACACAAGUAUUUACUACACUGUUGGAGCUAGGAACACAAGGAUUUACUGCACUGUUGGAGCUAGGAACACAAGGAUUUACUGUCCUGUUGGAGCUAGGAACACAAGCAUUUACUGCACUGUUGGAGCUAGGAACACAAGCAUUUACUACACUGUUGGAGCUAGGAACACAAGGAUUUACUGCACUGUUGGAGCUAGGAACACAAGCAUUUACUGCACUGUUGGAGCUAGGAACACAAGCAUUUACUGCGCUGUUGGAGCUAGGAACACAAGCAUUUACUGCACUGUUGGAGCUAGGAACACAAGCAUUUACUACACUGUUGGAGCUAGGAACACAAGCAUUUACUGCACUGUUGGAGCUAGGAACACAAGCAUUUACUGCACUGUUGGAGCUAGGAACACAAGCAUUUACUGCACUGUUGGAGCUAGGAACACAAGCAUUUACUACACUGUUGGAGCUAGGAACACAAGCAUUUACUACACUGUUGGAGCUAGGAACACACGCAUUUACUGCACUGUUGGAGCUAGGAACACAAGCAUUUACUGCACUGUUGGAGCUAGGAACACAAGCAUUUACUGCACUGUUGGAGCUAGGAACACAAGCAUUUACUGCACUGUUGGAGCUAGGAACACAAGCAUUU